ACUACUCCCACUUUCUACAGCCGCCGCCACACGUAUCCGCUCUCGCCGCCGCCGCCUGCUUGUUCCGGUGUUGCGCGUCCUUGUCCACUUCUCUGCGCUAUGUCUGGUGGCCUCCUGAAGGCGCUCCGCAGUGACUCCUACGUGGAGCUGAGCCAGUACCGCGACCAGCACUUCCGGGGUGACAAUGAAGAACAAGAAAAAUUACUGAAGAAAAGCUGUACAUUGUAUGUUGGAAAUCUUUCCUUUUACACAACUGAAGAACAAAUUUAUGAACUCUUCAGCAAAAGUGGUGAUAUAAAAAAGAUCAUUAUGGGUCUGGAUAAAGUGAAAAAAACAGCAUGUGGAUUCUGUUUUGUGGAAUACUAUUCAAGAGCAGAUGCAGAAAAUGCCAUGCGGUACAUAAAUGGAACUCGUCUCGAUGACCGGAUCAUUCGCACAGACUGGGAUGCAGGCUUUAAGGAGGGCAGGCAGUAUGGACGUGGGCGAUCUGGGGGCCAGGUCCGAGAUGAGUAUCGUCAAGACUAUGAUGCUGGGAGAGGCGGCUAUGGAAAAUUGGCACAAAACCAGUGAAUGGUGAAAGCCCAUCAGGGCACAACUCACUCCUUCAGCCUGUUGAGUUUGUUGAACAUUACCCAAGGUCUGAUCAAUGUCUCUACUGAGCUAGAAGCCCCUUCAUAGUUUUCCUCCAAAACAGUAAAAAAGAGAAUCCAAAAAAUGCAUUUAAUUCUAGUCUUAGAAUCUUGGCUAUAUAUCAGGUUAUCAGAAUGAUUUUCUGUUACCAGGUCAAAAAUUGUGUUCCUUAGCAACAUAUUUGAUAUAUGAUGUUAAUUAAGCUGUCAGCCAAGAGUACCACACGUUUUAGGUAGACUAGGUUAGAAAAAUGCAAAAAUUUGUUUUACUGUGCUUUAGUUUAAAUAGGUUCAUGAUCUUCAUGGAAUGAUUUUUUUAAUUUAAAAAAAUUUAAAAUAAAUUUUAAAUUUAAGAGCAUGAGAUAAGUUUACUAAAUGGGGGCUAGGGAGUGGCUCAAGUGAUAACAGUACUUGCCUAGCAAGCAUGAGGCCCUGAGUUCAAUCCCCAGUACCACCAAAAAAUUUUACUAAAAAGAAUUUUGCUAUGUUUUACAGUUUUGCUUGUAAUUGAUAUCACUCAUAAUUGGGAUCAGGUGUUUGACAACUGGAUAUUUUCUGUGCUGAAUUCUAAUCUCUAAAGGCAAACGUAGAAGUCAAGGACCUUCCUAAAUAAAGCAAGCUGAGACGGUCUUGUGGAUGCUACCUACUUCUAUGCUUUAUACACCAGGAAACCAGAUGCAGGACUUGAAGAGUAUUUACUAACACAUUUUUUCAAAAGUUUAAAAAAAAAAAGGCAAGGGUUUAAAUUCAGAGCUCAGAGAAGCUCAGAUACACUAAGGGGGAAGGGAUAAUGUCAGUGGGAAAUGGAAUGAAACAGAUCAAGAGAUUAAGAGUUCAAACAUUGCUUUUUGACAUGAAGAUUGCUGUUAGGUCCAUCAGAUUGAUCCUUUCCAUUUUCAGUAUGAUCUUAGGAAUAAAAUAGGUUUUUAUUUUACUUUUUUGCAAUAUUGGGAUUGAACCCAGGGCCUCACAAGCAUGCUAGACAAGUGAACUACCAUUUGUGUUUUCAAAAAUAGCUUGAGCAUUAAGAGAAUGCUUAACACAAAUUAUCAGAGGUUCUUCCUACAGGAAAUGUUUCUUUCAGCCAGUUUUCUCUUUUUCCUCCAAACUGUGCUGAGGUUCAAGCCUUAAUAGCGAGCUGAUGGUUUUUACAGAGAAGGAAGUCUAGAGAAUUUAUUUUGCAUAUGUUAAGAAGUGAUUUCUAGUAUUAUAUGAGUCUAAUUUUCCCUAAUAUGAAAAAAAUGUCAAUCUUUUUCAUCUAGCAACAAGUAUCUUCUAACUUCCACUAGUUUGUAAAGGUUUGGACUGAAGUACCUCAGUGUGAAUAUCUUUCAUGUUACAGUAAGUGAGUUUUCUCAAAUUUCAAACUGGUUAACUGAAUUUUUAAAGAGCUGUUAACAGUUGUAAUGCUUAGGAAGAAAUUUGUAAACAUUUAAUGAGGAUACAAUAUUUGGUUUAAAAUUUGUUUUUACACUGUAGCUUAAACUAAUGUCUUUUAUAUUCUUUUGUAGUAAAACAACAGAUUUCUAUAAGCCUUGAAAUCAAAGACAGUCAUUCUUAUUUGAAUUGUGUCUUCUAUAAUGGGUCUCA